GAGCGUGAGGGAGGGAGAGAGAGAGAGAGAGAGAGAGAGAGAGAGAGAGAGAGAGAGAAAGAAGUUGUUGAGCAGCUUGGGGAAAAGUCGCUCGGGAAGCUUUAAUGUAGACGCACGCGCGGGAGUUAAAAGGAUAGAGCGCGAGAGACAGAAAUGAGGAGCGGGUCCACGUGCAGGUGGUGUGUAUUAUGGAGCACAGUGCUGAGCGCCGUGUGUGUGAGCGCCGUCGAAAAGGCCAACAAAACAGCAAUUGGUCGACACCCCCGACAGACAGAAGGGGUAGGGCUAGAAGGUGUAUGGGGCCCAUGGAGUGAGUGGGUGGAGUGUUCUCAGAGCUGUGGAGUGGGUGUGACUGAGAGGCGCAGACAGUGCAUAGCACCGCCCCAAACCUGGAGCGGGACAAGUUACCUGCCGUCAGGUGGAUCAAGCCACACCCCCUUACAGCCCCCACAUGUGCCUUAUUACCCCUCCUCAUAUCCUGGCAAUGACAGAAUAAAUCCAGCCAACCAGAGUCCUGGACUACCCCUCUAUCGAGACAUACCUGAAGGGGUUGUACAAGAGCUGCCCAAUCAAGUGCCUCCUCUCUACCGACCAGAUGUCGGAACGGCCAAUCACCAGCCGAUUUCAAUUUACAGAUCUCAGUCUUCUCCAUCCUCGCGUGCAAACGGUCAGUCAGGCAGAGGAUCCAGAAGGCCAUCCAAUGAUGUGGCAGGAAGAGUAGGAGCAGGCGGGAGCAGGAGGUCAGUCUCCACCAAUUGGGAUCAGGCGUCUGUGAGAAGACCAAUUCGUCCUGGUCAGUUUGGUUAUGGCAGGGUUCCAUACUCACUCCCACUUCAUCGGCAAAACCGGCACGCGCUGUACACCUGGCUUCAUGGAAACGUCACUGUCGAGCCACUGCAGGUCAAACCCACUGCGGUUACACAGGAUGCGAAGUCGCAAGGUGAUAAGAAGGACGAACGAGCAGACACAAAGUCCCGGAAGAGACAGAGACAAAGAUCCAUCAGUAAGCGUGCACCUCCUCCAGCCUCCGCCCCUUUCUCUUCACCUCUCCACAGGCCACACCCACAUCUGGACACACCACCCUAUGGCCCACCACUUUAUGUUCAACACUCUGUGGUUCCUCUUCAGCACUACAGGUGCUCUGGGAAAGACCGAGAGGUUCGGAAGUGCACUGUAGAGGCGUGUCCCGGUUCCCAGCUGAACCCCCGAGCCGAGCAGUGUGCCGCAUUCAACAAUAAAGAGUUCAUGGGUCGAAUUUACGACUGGGAGCCUUUUACUGAAGGCUCAGUAGAUCAGCAGUGUGAGUUAAUUUGUCGGCCAGUCGGCUAUCGUUUUUACGUUCAACAUUCGGAGCGAGUGAGAGACGGAACCCCAUGUGUUAAUAACACACCAAACGAUGUGUGUGUCGGAGGUCGAUGCCUGAGUGAGGGGUGUGAUGGCAUGUUAGGCUCAGACGUGGUGCGAGAUCGGUGCGGCGUCUGUGGUGGGAGCGAUGGCUCGUGUGUUCGAGUGUCAGGAAGUUUCUCAAACAACAGCGUUCCUCUUGGCUAUCACAAAAUUCUCGACAUUCCAGCUGGAGCAACAGCUAUCAACAUCACCGAACGCAGCGCCAGCCCUAACUACAUUGCAUUGCGUAGUGGUACCAGUCAGUCCAUCGUAAAUGGGCGCUGGGCCGUGGAUCCUCCAGGUGAAUAUGAAGCAGGAGGAACAACGUUUGUGUACACACGCAACCCCAGAGAAACACUCACCGCCCCAGGACCCACAAACUCACUUCUGCAGCUCUAUAUUAUUUUCCACAAGGAGAAUCCAGGUGUGGAUUACGAGUACUACAUCCCUGUGAAGAAGGACACAAUGAGAGAGUGGGACAGAGGGAGCGCAUCUCUCCGGGAGACCAGUGCUGUAGUAGGAUUGGAGAACUCCGCCUCUUCUCCCAUUUCCGCUUCGUCUUUGUCUGAUAGGUGGAUACCGGAGAGGCCCCGCACCCACAACUCUGGGCCUAAUCGUAAUGCAAGGAUCCCUCCAAGGACUGACCUCCCACUGGAUAAUCACAGUCCGUUUGUGUGGAGGCUGGGUCAGCUUAGUGAGUGUUCUGCUACCUGUGGCAAAGGUUCCCAUCACAGAGAGGUGUUGUGUGUGAACAGACACACUAAUGAAGAAGUGCAUGAGAGGAGAUGUGACUCAGCUUUGAAGCCAGCUGCAGAGGAGGAGCUGUGUAACGUCCAUCCCUGCCCACCAUAUUGGGAGGCUGGAGCGUGGUCCGAAUGCAGUGUGUCAUGUGGGUGGGGUCUGCAGCACCGCCAGCUCCAGUGCAGGCAGAAUUUCUCCAGUCGCUCCACGCGGGUCCACCCAGAGCGCUGCCAUGGUCUCACACAGCCAGACACCACACAGGCCUGCCACACACACUCCUGCUCCCACUGGCAGAUCACCUCUAACUGGAGCUCCUGUUCAGUGGACUGCGGGGCUGGUAAAAGGACCCGGAACGUCCGCUGCGUUAGUGACCACGGCGAUGUGGUGAAUGACCGUGAAUGUAACACCAGGCUCCUCCCACAAAUAAGUGAAGACUGUCAUAUGGGGCCCUGUGUCUCCAACUGGUACAUCUCUGACUGGACAGACACAUGCUCUGUCUCAUGUGGUCCAGGUGUGCAGAAGCGUGAUGUGGUGUGUGUGUCGAAUGGAGCUGAUGGCGAGUGUGUGAAGGAGAAACCGGCUGAAAUGAAGGCGUGUAACUCGGGACCCUGUGUGGCACACACACACUGGUUCGCUGGACCAUGGGGACAGUGCAGCGCUCCAUGUGGGAACGGAACCCAGCGCAGAGACGUGAUCUGUGUGCAGAAGCUGGGAAGUGACUUCGGCGUGAUGCCAGCUAGCGAAUGUGCACACCUGGAAAAACCAUCCCCCAUUCAGACAUGUGAAGUGGAACCGUGUAAAGCACAGUGGUUCACCACGGAGUGGAGUGCGUGUUCAAAGUCGUGUGGUGAUGGAGUACAGACUCGAGAUGUUCGCUGUCUGACGCUGGAUAAACAGCUAGCUUCAACUUGUGACUCCGCCCACAGACCACACCCAGAGCAGCCCUGUAACCCCGCCCCCUGCAGCCCCUCUCUAGAUGAGAGCUGUAAGGACAAGCGCUCCAACUGUCUGAUGGUGGUCCAGGCUCGGCUCUGCGUUUACACCUACUACAAGACGGCCUGCUGCGCCUCCUGCACUCAGAGUGCUCAGAGAGCCAAACGACACUGACCCUGCCCAGGGUCAAAGGUCAACGGCAGGGCACCCAGUUCCCUGGCAACUCGCAUCAUAGACUGACAUCAGUCUAAAUCGAAGAAGCGACUUCCAAUAUUUCAGCACCUCUGUCUUGCUGCGGUUCCGUCAUUCAUGAUUAUCCUUGCCUACACCCCUCCCCCCCACCACCACCCACUAGCUCCCUAGCUACAAAAGAAAUGCCCACAAUCUCUUCCCACAUGCAGCAAAUCACCCGAGACAUGUGACCAUGUCUCAGGACACUGCACGUCCAAAUGAAAUUCAAAUUUAAUGACAAAUGCAACAUGAUGCUAAACAUGGUGCUUAAAUUCCAUGAUGCUAAUCUGGUGGCCCUUCAUUUUUAGGCAAAUUAGCAUCAUAGCUCCAGCGUAAACAUGGAAAUUGUGUGCAUUUCUUUUCUCACCUAUUUUUUAUUUUAUUUUUUUUGGCUUUUUCUCAAAGUGAGAACUUUUUUAAAUCCAUUAUAUGCUUGUUUUGUUUUAAAAGCACUAGAAUUUCCCGUUUCUAUGGCAACCCCAAUGCCAAUCUAAACCUACAAUGAUGAAGGUACCUUUAAUAAGGAACAGAUUCAUCAGUUCACCUGCUUUUGUUCACAUUCCUGUGCUUCAUAGGGUGCCAAUAUUUUCUUUUCCGUAAAUCCACUUGUGGACAUAUAGUGCACUAUGUUCGGCGUCUUUUUUUCACAGCCUAUGAAAUAAAUACAGAUAUAUGAGUGUGACAUGAAAUGUUGAAAUGUUUUAUAUAGUGCACUUUAAGUAUAGGAUUUAAAAAAAAAGGUAAUAACACCCUCACACCUUCCACCAUGUAGUGCACGGUGUGGAAUAUUUGCUCUGCUUUAAUAUAUUAGUGCACGUUAUAUCAAAAGUAAGAGCCCACUUCCUGAGUAGUGUACUAAAUAGGGUACUAGUAUCAUUACUCCCUGGAUAAGUGUACUACAUUCCAAAUGGACUACACAGAGAUAUUAGCUCUGCCAAACAUAUAAAUAAAAUAUAUUACAAUAUGGGCCCCUUGACAUAGUCAUUACCCUCUAUGUAGUGCAUUAUAUGUCCACAAGACAAUCAUUUCUGAUUCAGAUCAUUACUUCCUGAAUAAGUGCACUUCAUAAUUAACAUUGCAACCUGUUUAGUGCACUACGUAAUGUCAAUGCAUUUGGGAUUCUUUUAUACCAGCUAACUCAGUUUAUUUACUAUGGCUGAAUGCCAAAUAACACCGUAUUCACUGUAUGAGUGCACUACCUAGGGUGUGAAAUAAUACAGCAUUAAUAAUGCAUUCACUACAUCCUAUGUAGUCUACUAAAAAAACAUUUGAGACUUAAAUAUGUCUCAGUGCAACGCAAAGCCAUUCUCUCUCUCUCACACACACACACAUACAAAAUCUUAUGUGAAAUGUGUUUUAAAUGCACCCUUAAAUAUGAAGGAGUGCGAGAGCAGAAAUGAUUGUGAUUGGUUGUCUGGUGUGUGGAUAAUAAGAGGUAAGACAAUAGGAUUUAAAGCUUGUUUUUUUUGUUUUGUUUUAUAAUUUAGCCAUAUUGCUAACUUCAGAAGUGCUUUAAAGCAUCAAGCCAAACAUGAUUCUGUGUGUGUGUGUGUGAGAAAAGUGAAAUACAAAACAAUGUGUUAAUGUACAUACUUUUUUGUAUGUGUAUAGUUCCAUAAUCAAAUAUUAUCAACUAGGAGCUGAAAUAUACUUUUUUAUAUAUAUAUAUAUAUAUAUAUAUAUAUAUAUAUAUAUAUAUAUAUAUAUAUAUAUAUAUAUAUAUAUAUAUAAAAAUAAAUAGAUAAUUAUUUAUCAAGAAAUAUCGAUAUAAUUUAUUUCGUGAAACGAAGCAUAUGUUGUUAUCUUAUGAGGUUUAAGAACAAAUUAUGAUUGUAAAAUAGUGAUUUUUUGUUUUUGUCAUUAUAAAAGAUGCAAAUGUGUGUUUAAUGCCAUUACAGUGCUGCAGAAUAAAGAAAACUGCAAUGAUCAGAUUCGGUCACUAAUGA